AUGGAAUCUCUGGAUUUUUCCCCACUGCAGCCCCGAAAAAAUGCACAUGGAUUCGAGUAUGAAAAAGCUAGAACCUCGUUACUUGAUGAAUGUGUGAGAGAAGUGGAGAAGGAACUUGCACCAGUGAAAGACACGUGGUCAACGCAAGGAGUAUCGAUUGUCUCGGAUGGCUGGUCAAAUGUAAAAAAUAUGCCACUUAUAAAUGUUGCACAAAAUUCACGUGGUCUAACUUUUAUGUACGCGGAGGAUUUUUUAGGGAUUGUGAAGUCGGGGGCUGAAAUUUCUAAGUUUCUACAAGGAGCCAUUGAAGAGAUUGGACCAAGUAGUGUUCUCCAAGUCGUAACCGAUAACACGGCUAAUUGCAAGUUGGCUGGACAGGAAAUCGAAAAGGACAUGACAAAGGCAUUUACAUGGCUUUCCGACACAUAUAGGAGAGGCAAGGGUAUUGUCAAGUUUUUUGUAAACCAUACACAUGCCUUAUCUUUCUUUAGAGAAAACUCGAAAUUGCAAUUAUUGAAGGUUGCAAAAACCCGUUUUGCACCCCAUUACAUAUUGUUGAAAAGAUUAACCGAGUGUAGGGAGGCGCUUGCUACUACUAUUGUCUUAAACUCGUGGCGGGAAUGGAUCAACAAAGGGGAUGAACACACUCGGGUACUUAGUAAUAAAAUUGGUGAUACAAUCAAAGAUAAUGACUUUUGGGAUGAUAUUGAUCAUGUUUUGGUGAUUACAAAGCCCAUCUUUUACAUGAUAAAAUUUUGUGAUGGUGAAGGUCCAAAAAUGGGAGAAAUAUAUGAACGAAUGGACAACAUGAUGGGUCAAAUCAAAAAGGCUAUGACUAUGAGGGACAAUAAAUUCUCAUCAUAUUUCCCUAAAGUUAGAGAUAUUGUUGUCGCAAGGUGGGAUAAAAUGACUAUCCUUCUUCAUUGUUUAGGAUUUGCUUUAAGUCCUAAAUAUUAUGACAAAAACUAUCUUGAGAAAUUGGCACCAGGAGGCAUGGAAAGAAGACCUCCCAAUGAGGACAAAGAAGUUAUAUUUGGUGUUUUGAAAGCAUUUCAAAGAAUUUCAGAGACGGAUGAAGAAGAAAAGAAGUUAAGAGAAGAAUUUGCAAUAUUUCAUAUGAAGAAAGGAAUUUAUUCCUUGCCCGAAACGCAAGCCGAUGCCGUGACUAUGGACGAGAUUGAUUGGUGGGCGACAUAUGGAGCGGAGACUCCGAUUUUGGCGGAUGUAGCAAAAAGAGUACUCUCUUAA